AUGGCAACCAGAACCAGCGCCGCCAAAGUCGCUGGUACCUUGAUCUCUAACAAGCAAAAGCGUGCUACCGUCAAGCACUCCCCUUCGAAGGUUUCUAAGACUAGAGCUCACGCCAGCGUCGCCGAUAUCGAGGAAGAGGAAGACGACCAUGUCGCCGACAUUGAUGCUGUCGAUGCCAUUGUCGAUGCUCAUCACAAUCCGCAACUUUCGCCAAAGUCGACACUGUCGAUGCUCAUCUCCAAUUCGCAACUGUUACCGACGUUGAUGCUAAACGGAGUCACAGGACCUGUCCAAGAUGAGUCAAAAAACGAGUCUGCCGAGACUCAGUUCUCCUUUGCCUGUGUCUGGGCUAGUGAUGAAGGCGCACUGACCUCAAACUUGGACAAUGCCGUUGACGAAGGCUCACCUCAAGAAGACACGAGUAUCUGGGAGACAAUCCUCAAAGUGCGUGAGGAGGAGCACAAGCGUCAGGCCGAACAGUCAGAUACCAUCACACACCAUGACCGACUGCGUGGGUUGCCAGGAAGGAUUCAGUCCCGACGACGCUCGCGCUCGCUUCUGGAAGGUGCAGGAAAGGGGGGCAUGAGACACACGAAUAGCAGCAUUGUCGGUUUCACCUCAAGACCUUUCAGUCCUCAUCACCCAAGAAAUCCCUAA